AUGCCUCCAAAGAUCUCAAAGAAGCGAUCCGUCAGUUCUUCCGCAGAGUUACGUCAACCUAAACGCGCUCGUGUCAAUGGCGCGUCUCCUACGUCCACCACCUCGAUUCCUGCAGAUAACGCGUCGAGCAAGACUGGAACUAAUAACACCAACACGGAAACUACCAAACCAAAACCGAAGUUGAAGAUCAUCCUCACACUCAAGCAAGAUGCAGAAGCAGCUAAGGCACCUUUAAAAGCGACCCAGAAACAACCAAUCGAUCCUUCAGAGAAAGAAAGUAAGAAGAAAAGUUCGCGAAUCAGCGUUCCAUCUCCAAAAUCUACCACAGCUGGCUCUGUAGAUGAUGAGCCAAUCAAGAAGAAGAAGAAAGCAGAGACCAAGGAGACUCUAGUAGUAUCGAAAAAGCUUCUCAAAGCGCCCGGAAAACAAUCAGUCAGUCCUUCUAAAGAGGCAAAGAACAAACGUUCGCCUGUUAGUGUUGAGUCUGACAAGUCCACAACCUCUGUCUACGUGGACGAUACACCGAGCAAGACUAAGCUAGAGACUAAGAGCAAGACAAAUGCAAUACCUACCGUGAGAAAAAGCAUCACUCUAAAGUCUAAAGUGUCUAAAUUGGCAGCACAACCAGCACAAUUGGAACCGGUACCAUCAGCACAAGAUGCGCCCAGUAAAUCUAGGUUCGCAGAAAAAGAAGUCGCUGCAAUCCGGAAACGAUCAAACGAUAUAGAUGAGGCAAUGAUCAAGACCAAGACCAAGGCCAACGCAACCGCAAGCGCUACCGCAAAUACAACACCUCGCACAAACCAAUUUCUGUCCAUCAACACUCCGCAGCCGAAGUCGAGAGCCCGAAAGCCUCUCAGAGAGCUCGAAGAUGCAGGAAACAACGCCGUUGAUGGUCAAAUACAACCUCAAAAUCCAGACGCUCAGCUUGAAUCAGAAGCUAUUACCCAGGAAUUCGAUCCCACAAAUACGUUGCUACCAAAAUUACCGCCUCGAGAUCCUGUCAAGCCAUUUGGUCCCAAAGAGAAGAAGACUAUUACCAUUUGGAUGCGAGUCAACAAUGCAGCUGGAACACGAGGCAAUCUUGUCGCUUUCCAAGAGCUCUUGUACACUCUAGGCUGUCUGGACCCAAGUUUCGACAAAGAGAUCUUGGCGAAUUUUCACCAGCGAACAGAGCGAUACAUUAUGAGAAUCAAGAAAGCAUUGAAGGAAUGCGGUGCUGUUUUGUUUCUGGAAGAUGAUAAGCUGGAAAUGGAACCGGUUUUUGCAGAUUGGACAGUCGUUUGGUUAGAAGAGGAUUGGGAUGGGGCUGUUGAUACGAGAGUAUACUAUACUGACAACUAUCUUGAGAAAUACUCACCUGCUCUUAAUAAAGAGAAUAGAGACAAAGUUAUUGCGGCAGAGCUACCAGUCGACGAGCCAUUCGAAGAGGAGGCGGAGAUUCUUUAUGUGGUGGAUCCUGAUGAAGUCGUUGCCAAUAUCACCACUACUAACACUAGUAAAGUCAAAAUAGUCCCAGAGUGUGAUUCUAACCCUUACGGAAUGGCGGAUUGGAAAUAA